GUGGCGCUGCCCGGGCCGCUGUGGUGGCCGUACCGUCCCGGUGGCUGUGGAGCCGGCGCGGGUGGAGCUGUAGAGGACGGGCAGGACGGCGGCAGAGGAGGGCAGCGGGCAGGCGGAGAGAUGGCGACGGGCGCAGAUGUGCGGGACAUCCUGGAGCUGGGUGGCGUGGAGUCGGAGAAUACGGGCACUAUCAACAAAAAGGAUAUCAUCAACUCGGAUAAGAAAAAAUCCAAGAAAUCUUCAGAGACACUGACGUUUAAGAGGCCAGAAGGAAUGCACCGAGAAGUUUAUGCACUCCUCUACUCUGACAAAAAGGAUGCACCUCCACUACUGCCAAGUGAUACAACUCAGGGUUAUCGAACAGUCAAAGCAAAACUGGGGUCCAAGAAAGUCCGUCCUUGGAAGUGGAUGCCUUUCACCAACCCUGCGAGGAAAGAUGGAGCGAUGUUCUACCACUGGAGGAGAGCAGCAGAGGAAGGGAAGGACUACCCUUUUGCCAGGUUCAAUAAAACAGUGCAGGUACCUGUCUACUCGGAGCAGGAGUACCAGAUGUAUCUCCAUGAUGAUGCGUGGACCAAAGCUGAAACAGACCACCUCUUUGACCUGGCUCGGCGUUUUGAUCUGCGCUUUGUGGUGAUUCAUGACCGCUAUGAUCACCAGCAGUUCAAGAAAAGAUCAGUGGAGGACCUGAAGGAACGAUAUUAUCACAUCUGUGCCAAGCUGGCUAAUAUUCGUGCAGCUCCGGGCACAGACCUGAAAAUCCCGGUCUUUGAUGCUGGCCACGAGAGGCGAAGGAAGGAACAACUGGAAAGGCUGUACAAUAGGACACCAGAGCAGGUGGCAGAAGAAGAAUACCUCAUCCAGGAGCUCCGCAAAAUCGAAACCAGGAAGAAAGAGAGAGAAAAGAGAACCCAGGACCUGCAGAAGCUCAUCACAGCUGCUGACACCACCACUGAGCAGAGACGUGCUGAGCGCAAGGCUCCCAAGAAGAAGCUGCCACAGAAGAAGGAGACAGAGAAGCCUGCUGUUCCUGAGACUGCUGGCAUCAAGUUUCCUGACUUCAAAUCUGCAGGUGUCACGCUGCGAAGCCAAAGGAUGAAACUGCCAAGCUCGGUGGGACAGAAGAAGAUUAAAGCCCUGGAGCAGAUGCUGAUGGAACUCGGAGUAGAUCUUAACCCUAUGCCCACAGAGGAGAUUGUGCAGAUGUUCAACGAGCUGCGGAGCGACCUGGUGCUGCUGUAUGAGCUGAAGCAAGCCUUUGCCAACUGUGAAUAUGAGCUGCAGAUGUUACGACACCGCUACGAGGCCCUGGCCAAAGCUGGUAGUAUUGGCCCCCUCAGUGCAGAAGGCACCCAUCCAGAUGGCCAGGCAGGGCUCGGCAUCGAGGAGGGCAAGGGAGAUGCCAAGGACCAGAUCAUUGAUGUAGUAGGAGCACCACUGACCCCCAACUCGGUGAGAAGGAAGGUUGGGGGGGCAGAACAGGGAGCACUCAGGUCUCCGACGCAGAUGCCCUGACAAGCACUGGGGAUGCUGCCCUGCUCUCCCUCCAGGUGUGCGCAUCCAAGGGAGCACAGCACGCCUGUUUCCCCCCAAGCCCCAGUGCUGCUCUCUGGGCUCGUCUCCUGUGCUGGACAGUGUUCUUGGUGCUAUACGUGGGGUCAGCAGGGCUUCCUACAUCCUGCAUGCAGGCAGAUGGCUUGACGUGGGUGCCACCAUGGAUCAAAGCAGCAAAGCUUUGGGUGACGAGAGCUUGCACUAUGGCAGCAACAGUGAUGCCAGUACAGCUGCAGGCCUGAGGCAUUUUCCUUCUAGACGCAGCCCCUUAAGGGUUGCUCAGCAGAGGGAAGCGAGAGGGUAAAGUAGUCUUGAGGUGAUGAGCCAUGACCUGCCCAAGUCCCUGGAGUCAAGCCCUGCCUGGAGCAGGAGGCUUGGGAAGGAGAGAGGUGUUUGAAGAGCAAAGAGGUGUUUUUAUACCCCACUUCCAGUGCUGAGAAAGGAAAGCUAGACCUAGGGCUUCUUCCACUGCGAGCCCUGUGAUGAUAUCCUGUGCUUGUGCCUAUGCAGGAUGCGAGUCACCACCCUCUCCUCCCUGCCUCCAUGAGGGCAGGCUGCCCAGCCCCUCACCACUGCCUCAGGGCCAAGGGUAUGCCUGGGGAUCAGCCGAGGUUGCUUUCCCUUCUGCACAGUCCCCUGGCACAGCUGAGCUGAACUGUCUGGUAAAAGCUGCCCGUCUCCAUGCAGUGGCAUCCCUGACACCUCAGACAUACUGCCCCUGGUAGCAGCACAGACCUUUACUUUCUGAAAUGUAUAAUGUAUUGCAGGAUAUUGAGAACACCUUAUCUGUCAACGGCAGAGGCGACACGUUAAUCUGGACUUGAGUAAUGUCCUAUUUGAUUGUGACAAUAUGGAGUCUUAAGGAAGCGUUCCACUGAGACAGGUUCAUGUUUGCAAAGGAGUCUCCUGAAUUUUCUUUUCCCUGCUGCAUUCAAUCUGAAAUCUCACCCCUCCCUGCCCUCCGGAGUGUCCUGGUUUGCGAACUUUUCGGGCUGAUUCACAACACGCUUGCUCUCCCUUGAGCCUUUGCCUGUUGGGAAGGUGGGAGAGGUGGUGAUGGUUUUGGUGGUGGCCAUGGCUGCAUGAGGAGGGAGCCCAUCUGUGUGUUUCUGACCACGUUGUUCCUCAGUGCCGCCACCUGGAAAGAAAGGGGUGGGCCCAGGCAGCACAGAGGGGGUUAAGCUGACCUGGUCUCUGACAUAUUUGAGAGAAAUAUAAUCAAGUUAAUUCACUGCAAGGCAAAUUCAGUACCUAAAGGGCCCCCAUGUUAAAUACAGCACUGACCUUUACCGGCUGAUUACACAAAGACGACACAAUUAGAUUAGUCCAAGACAAAAGGUCAAGCACAUUCACACUGUGACCAUUUUAUGCUACCUUUCGAGGGGGGGAAAAAUUACAUCCCAGCUGGAGGGGUAUUUUGGAGAGGAGGGGAAUGGGGCCGCUGGACCAUGUUCUGCCUGGCUCAGGUGUGUUUGGAGAGUCAGACAGGGCCUGAACUGUGCUUGCCCUGAACCGUUCCUGCAGUUCUGGGCAAUGUGGCAGUGGAAGAGACCAGCAGCCUGUGGCCCACAACCAGCUUUUCCAAGGACGGGCUGAGCUGAGUGGAGGCCGUGUGUUGGUGAUGCUCCCAGCCCUGCCCAGAGCUGUCGGGAGCAGCCCCCAGUGCCUCUUGCUCAGCAUCGUGGCUAAAAUCGACGUCUGGAAGCUCAGCGGACUGGGGUCAGCCCUGAGGAGGGGGGUGGCUGGAGCAGUCGCUGGCUGUUUGGCUGGUGGGGUACAUGCGUGUGUGCUCACCAUGCACAGCAGUAACCCUGAGGUGUCCCAGGCCCUGGCACGAUGGGGACAGCGUUGGGAGGCAGCGGGCCCAGGACACGGUGCUGAGAAAGCAGCCCGCCUCUGCAGGCGCAGCGCUUCUCCCCCAGCCUGGGGCCCUUGCAGCGGGGGCAGCAAUGGCGUUAGCAGUAGCGGUAGUGCAAACGAGCAGCUCUCUGCAGGGCAAGCGCAGCGGUGCUUUGCAGUGGCCUUUGCCUCCCUCGCCUCCUGCAGCCCCGGCUGUGGGUGCUUGCGGGUGACACCUUGCCCUUCCCCUCGCCAAGGCCGCUCCAGCGGUUUAACCCUGCCACACCAGCCGUCAGCUCCCGAGUUCAAGUGUGUGCUUUGCCAUUGAGCUGCCGGGGCCCCUCGGAGGAAUCAUUUAAUCUCCCUGCUUCAAAUUCCUCUGAGUUGGAGAAUCCCUUUGUGCUGUCUAGCACUGCCUGCCCAUGGCACUCCGCAUGUUGGAUUAAGCAUGGAUUAGUUCAGCCUCCAAACCAGCUGCUCCCCUGAAGCCAGAUUUGUUUCCCCCGAGAAAAGUAUCUUGCUCCAGAUGUUGGAGGGAGAGAGUGGCAAAGCCAGGAAUAGGACUAGGACUCCUGACUACCGAGCCCUGUCCGACAUGCCUGUAUUCCUUUCCAGGAACUGGCAUGGAGGCACACCAGGGUCCUGGGAUACUGGUGGUGGCAACAGCUGACUGCCGCCAUCCCCCUUGGCCAGCAGUGGGAUGGGGGGUGGCUCAGCAGGGUAUUUUAGCCCGGGUUAGGAGAGGCGUCUGCCUGUCUUGGGGGCACUAUUCUGCCAUGCCACAUCCACCGCCUCCCUCCUACGCUGGCUGCCCGUCCACCCUCUCCUAGGGGCUGCGGCGCCCAUCGCUGACCAUUAAAGCCGAGCUGGGAUCCCCCCAGUGCCGUCUGCUGCUGACCCCGGGAGGGACUUUACUCGGGGCCUUUGGGAGGUGAAAGGUGAGCCGAACGUGGAACAAAUUAGUUCCAAGCAGAAGUUCAGCCAGUUACUCCAGAUUAGAUCCUUUGAUUUCCGCAACUCAGACUCCACUCAGUGAUCUGUAAUGAGUGACUCUCAGAAAUCCUCACAUUGCAGCACUUUGUUCCUGAGCUCACAAGUCAGCCCAUUAAUGGGUAAAGGAAAGGACCUUGAGUCUAAGAAGUCUCGGGUUCAGAGUCAGAAUUAUUUGACUUUUAAGCUUCCUUUAUCUGAACUCCUGCUGACUUCUUGUUUUCUGAGCCUGUUUGAAAGCUAGAAGUUACAUUGUUAAGAUCAAACAUUCUCUCUUUCCAGAUGGAGUUACAAUAUCUGUCUUUUAUAUAUAUAUAUUUUUUAAUAUAUAUAUAGUGUAUAUAUACCAGGGUGUAUAUAUAUUCGUCUCCUUUUUUUUUUAAUCGUUCUUUCCAUUAAAAGAAACUAGACUUGUAGGCUCUUGUAAAUUAUAAUGUAAAACAUUUUUUUUAACCAGACAGUUCCCAAUUUUGCCCAAGGCAACUGGAAUAGCUGCGCCACAGAAGGCAAUAGGAAGGUGAUUAAUAUGAAUUUGUGACAUAUUUGAAAGAUGGGUCUUUUGCCAUAUAAAGAUUAUCAAACACAUGUGCUCUUCCCCAUUAAUUCCGCAGCCCUCCCAGGAAAGCCACAAAGCCCAGCUCCUUUGUUUCCAGGGUGGGUUUUUGUUUUUUUAAAUGUACCUUUCGGUCCCCUUGAUUACCAUGUAUUUGAUUUUUAUAGGGCAUCUGUUCACACUGCUGUGUGGGUUCUCUGGCCCUUUUAUUUCCCCGUUAAUCGGAUCCCGCCAAGGCAGCCGUGCCAGGGCCUCUGACGAAAUCCGUGUGUGUGUUGUAUUUAACUUUUAGCCGUGCAAAUUCCAUGCUCUGUUUGCCGUCUGCCCAGUGCCCAGCGGGAACUGGGGGGCCGCCUUCCCACCGGGGGAGGCAGCGGGGCCUCCCACCACGCAGACUGCCGCCGGGACCGGUGGGGCUGGAGGAGCGAGGAUGGGCAGGCCUGGCUCAUUCCGGAGAGUGUGUCUGUGCUGCCUUGUCCGUCUCCUGGGUGCUUGCCAGCCGGGGCAGCGGCUCUGCAGGCCUUUGGGGACAGGGGAUGGCUGCAGGGCUGGGUACGGCGGGGACCUGGCCGCAGUCACCGUGCCUGUGCAGCGUGUCCUGCAGUGACAGCCUGCGUUGCGCAACGCAGACCCAACCUCACGCUGUGCAGUGGGACCCCCCGGGCUCUGGCACUGUGUGUCCCUAUGGCACCCAGUGCGUGGCGUACCUGGUGGCUCUGGCGUGCCAUGGAGCCCAGCUUUGGGUGCUGAACCCGCUGCGGUCUUGGCCGUAGUGUGCGUGCAGCACACAGCACCGAGUCUCGCUGCAGUGCAGCCAUACGGCUAGGGUCACUGUCCCCAUUUGGAGCGAAUGGCCCCAUCUUUCCUAUGGCCGGAUUCAGCCCUAAAACCUUGUCUGUGAAGGGUGAGGCUCACCGGAGCCCACCACUCUCGUUCGGGUGUAUCGGUGCGCGCUGCCCAGAAACGAGGUGGAUUUUUUUGAGGAGCCAUGGUUCUCUGUCAGCCUCCUGCUCUGCUCCUGGACCACUUCACGGCAGGUCCGGAUGGCAGAAGAGCAUUUCCAGGCUCUGCCCUGUUCUACACCAAGCAUCCCCAGCACAGCUGGCCGUAGCGCGGAGCCGCUCUGCCCCUCUCUCCAGGUCCCGAGGGAUUAUUGCAUUCCAGCUGGCUUGGUCAGGGCUCCUGGGGCCACUGUGUUGUUGUAGAGCUCAGCCCCUAUCUCCUGCUCACUCCCAGACCCUGCACCUCAAAGAUGAGCAUCCCAAAGCCCUGUCCAUGUCAGGGAGGUGACAUCCCCUGCAAGGGUGCCAUCCCAGCCCCUCGUCACUGCUGCAUUAGCUCUGACCCUCCCAUCAUGUGAGGGCCUGGCUCUGCCUCCAGCAGGGCCGACGGCAGCGUGGUCCACUGGGCACUGCCGGGUGUGAUGCUGGAGCCCUGUGGCCGGCUCUGGGACAGGCAGUUGUGUUUUCCACAUGACCUGAGCGCUCCCACCUGCUGACCCUGGGUUUUCUUUUGUUUCCUGUUUCCUUCUUGGAGCAGAGAAAGCGAAGGGACUCGGCCUCCAGCUCCUCCUCCGUCAAGAAGGUGAAAAAGCCGUGAGCCCCUUGCGCUGGGCGAGGAGGAGCUGCGGAGCUGUGUGCAGGGUCGGUGCCGUCCCCUCCCGGAGCCCCGGGGACAGCUGUCUGCCUGCAGCGAUGGGGCAGGACAGGGGCCUUGCUGGGGCAAAUGCUGCGGAACUGCAGGGAACAGCGGGAGCCAUCCCCUGCCCGGUGUCACUGCCCCAGUCCCAUCCGCCUUCCGGAGCGGUGCGGUCUCCAGACACCUGCAGCCAGUGCUGGAGGGUGGCCCCAGGGUGGCAGGGCUCUGCCGGUGGCCGCUGCUCCCCCGCGGCUGCUGUUGCUGCCUGCGGUUUGCUCUGGUGGGUUUGGGGUGUUUUUUUAAAAGCCAGAUUUUCGUGAGCCUCCCUGUAAAUACAGAACUCGUCACUUGGACUGGAGCAGAGUCGUCAUUAGCCCUGGCGAGCUGAUGUGGAGCAAGCCAGCUCGCCUGUGCCCUGGGCAGGCUGGGUGCCGUGCUGGGAGCACUGGCUGCCAGUGGCUCUCCCUGAGCUCGUCCCCUUUUGUCCCAGGGCUGCAGGGCUUUGGAGGGGCUGAGGUGUCACCGAUGCUAUCGAUGGGGGCCUGGGUUCACGCACCGCCUCUGUGGCCACCACAGGCACGGGUGGCCCCGGCUGUGUGCCCCACUCCAGGCCACUGCCCGCCUGCCCACCCCGCGUCCCCUCUGCGCUGCCUGUCAAGUGUAACUGGUGAUCGAUCCGCCGUGACAACGUCCUCCGAGU